CCUUCAUUGUCACUUCACUCAUGACAUGUCGGCGCUCAAUUCGGUCGUCAACAAGCUCGUGAGAGCGGCCGCCUCGGUUCCCGCGGAGAUUUCCGACGCCGACCUCGACGCCCACGUAGCCCGCAUCCUCGCUGAGGAGGCCAAGGCCAACGACCACAAGUGGUCGGAGCUUGGUCUCGGCGCCUACCUCAACCGCGAGCAGGGCCGCGAUUCUCCAGACCCGAGCGCGCCGAAGCCUAACAAGCGCCUCUUGUCCAGCAUUAUCCGCCAAGUCGAUGGGCACAACAACGCGCUGCUUCGUCGACAAGCUGAAGCAGCGCAACAGGCGCGCCGCGCUCGCGAGCCCGAAAGGAAGCCGAGGGGAGAUGGAAAAGCCGGCGCAAACAGGCUAUUUGGAGGCGCAAUGAGGGGGCUGGGCGACAGAGAACGGAAACCCUCGCGGUCUGAUCGUCGCGAGAAUGACCAGUCCGAGCGGAGCCAGCGCGAGGUGAACAAGCGCGAGGUGAACAGGAGGGAUCGAUCCCAGGAGCGCAAUCGCAACUCCGAUUCCCAUCGUGAUCGUGAUGAUCGCCGUGACCGGGGGGAGGGGGGGCGCGAGCGCCGUCGUGGCCUUUCGCCUUCGCCCGCCCGCUCCCGCUCCCGCUCGCCGCGCCGUCGUCGUCAUUUCGACAAAGAGGAAGGUGAUCGCAAGGCCCGCGGUCGUUACGAAUCGAACGAUGAGGACCGCCGCGCGCGCCGGCGCGAACACCGGGAACGCUCCCGUGACCGUCGUAGCGACAAGAAGAGAGACCGCUCGCGUAGUCGUGAUCGCGACCAUCAACAGAGAGAAGAAGAUCACGAUCGCUCUCAUCGUCGCCACCCGCGUCAUCGCUCUCGUUCUCGUUCUCGCUCACCGCCUCCAUCGCCGCCUGCCCCACCUUCCCGCUCUCGCACCCGCGAAACCCGAGGCGAUGAUCGGCCCCGGGAACCUUCCGCGUCGCCCCCACCGCCUCCGUCGCGCAUAUCCCGCAUGGACCGAUACUUCAAGCGUGAUUAUGACCCACGCCUCGAUGUCGGCGAGGUUCCCAAGACUGGACCAGUGACCGCCGUGGGGUGGGACAAUAUGCUUGCGGUUCUAAAGGAGCGCGGGAAGAAGCGCCGCCGUAACUCGCCGACUCUCUCAACUUCGCCUGAGCCUGAACGGAAGUCGCGUUCCAAUGACUUGCCGCCGAGAACUGUGGCCAGCUCAAUGCCGGCAGACAUGAAGGAAAUUUUGGAGAUGGAGUACACGCGUCGUGGCCAAACGCGCGCAUGGGACGUCGGGAAGGACACAGAAGAUUAGAGCAUAAACAAUGUCACACAAGCACAUAUCAUAGGGUGUAUUCAUAUCGACUCGUUGUAUCAUAUACAUGGAAACUUGCACGCAC